GCUCAAGUGCCCCUAACCGAUUUCUAUACUUUAUUGUGAUUUGUCUUCAAUAAGUGAAUUGUAAUUGCGAUAUUUCUUUGUCUUUAUCCCUCAGUUUCAACUCUUUCUUUCUCUGUGAUCUCUCUGCGAUUAUCUCCACUACCACUGAUCACAAUAACUAUCACUCGUAAUGCCUAAUCGUCUGGGUAUUGCCUCCAUGUCCUUGGGACGCCCAGGAAUACAUGAUCUCCUAAGCAAGUUGCGGGCAGCCUCUGCUUAUGGCUUCCAGGGUAUGGAGCUGUUUUUUGACGACCUUGAUCACUUGGCCAAAUCAUCCUUCCAUGGUGAUCAUUUUGCAGCUGCCCAUCAUGUACACCAUGUUUGUACCACGCUGCAUAUCUCUAUUAUUUGUCUGCAGCCCUUUUGGCACUACGAAGGUCUUCUAGACCGCAAUGAGCACAAGCGUCUCCUCACUGAAAAGCUCCCUAAGUGGUUCAAGCUUGCAGCGAUCCUGGGCACAGAUCUCAUCCAGAUCCCAUCCAAUUUCCUCUUUCCUCAUCCUGAAACCGGCAAGCCCCGCACUACAGGCGAUAUGUCCGUCAUUGUCUCAGAUCUUCAGGAGAUCGCCGAUCUGGGCCUGCAACAGUCUCCCCCUGUUCGUUUCGUGUAUGAAGCCCUAGCAUGGGGUAAUCACGUCAAUAAAUGGGAAGAGUCCUACGAGAUUGUAGAGCAGGUCAACCGCCCGAACUUUGGCAUUUGUCUUGACACCUUCAACAUCGCAGGACGAGUAUAUGCCGACCCCACCUGUCCCACUGGAAGAACCCCUAAUGCAGAUGCCGAUCUCCAAGCCUCUCUGGCCCUUUUGCGGUCCCGCGUUGAUCUCUCAAAGGUUUUUUACGUUCAAAUUGUGGACGGCGAGCGCUUGAGUGCCCCGUUGAACGAAUCCCACCCAUUUUAUGUCCAGGGGCAGCCCUCACGCAUGAGUUGGUCACGUAACGCACGCCUCUUUGCUUUCGAAGAAGACCGCGGUGGAUACUUGCCCGUCUUGGACGUCGCUAAGGCCUUCUUCGACAUCGGCUUCGAAGGCUGGGUUUCCUUGGAAUUGUUCAACAGGAGCCUGGCUGAUCCUGAUCCAACCACUCCUCGCAGCCAUGCCAAAAGAGGAUUUGAGUCGUGGAAGAAAUUGGUCUCUGCGUUGGGGUUGGACACUGGUGUUACUUCUUCCGUGCCUAACCUUGACGGUACAUUUUCUUACCCUACUUCGUCUUUGCCUGUGCAGCAUCGCCUUUAGUACCGCAGCGUCUCCGAUGCAACAUUGCUUUUGAUACAACAUCAGCUCUGAUGCAGCGUAAUUUCUACUGUAGCAUUGCCGCUAGCGC